CGGCCCCUCCCGUCUGGUCGAUUAAGGCGGGGCGCGGGGCCUGCCGGGAAGGAGGCGGGAGGAUUUCAAGGCAGGAUGGAGGAGAAGCUGGCCCGGGUUACUUUAUGGCUAAAAAAAGUGUAUGGGGACCAGCCCGUUCCACAAUACAAAGUGAACGCACGGUCUGUUGAUAUUUUGCACCAACUUGCAGAAUGCAAUGAAACCAGGGACAGGGACGUCUCUCUGCUGAUAGAUGACGUGAAACAGAAGACAGCGGAAUAUGAAUUAGAAGCCAACUACCUACAGGAUCUUCUUGCACAAAGCGUGAACCUUUCCUUGACCUGUCUGUCCAAGAUGGGUACCCACUAUUUGAAUGCACUGGUAGAUAGUGCAAUGGCACUUGAGACAAAGGACACUUCCCUAGCAAGCUUCAUCCCUGCUAUCAAUGAUUUGACCUCAGACUUGCAUAAAGUGGAAUCAAGGAAUAGAGAAUUGGAACUUGAAUUGACCACCUUUAGGGAAAAGCUAACCAAAGCACUGGUGCUAGAAAAACGUCUUCAGGACGACCUUAAGAAAACAGAAGAACAUGUAAUGGUGGAAAAAGCCAAAGCUGACAGCCGAACCCAAAACAUGAAAUUCCUGAAGAACAAAUCCGAGGACUUCAAAUUCAGGAUCAAGGCUGCAGAGGAGCAGCUUGUUGCCAAUAGGAUGGAUCCCUCCCUGACACAUGAGUCAUUAGUGAGCCUCUCAGAGAAACUAGCUGAACUAAAGCAGCAGACCAGGCCUUUGAAGAAGAAACUGAAGUCCUACCUGGACUUAACGCCUAAUCCUUCCCUUGCUCGAGUGAAGAUUGAAGAAGUAAAGCGGGAGCUGAAUGCUCUUGAGGAGGAGUUCUCUGCAAAAGUAGACAUGAUGGCACUUUCAGUCCCAGAACCCAGAAAACACCGAUUUAUGUAAACCUGCCUGCCUGGAACAGGUCGGGGGGGGGGUGUUGCUUUUUGUUUUGUUUUUUAAUUGUAGAUCUUUCGGAUUUCUAAACCUAUUGGACUUAUAAAUAUUGUCUUGUCACUUAAACUGUGUGCUUGCAACCUUGCAAGCAAUCAAGCUGUUUUUUCAAAGAUUUGCAUAACUUUGUUCUUGUAAAAAUUGUAUAUUCUUUUUUUUUUUUUUUUCUCAAAGCCUGACCAAUAAAACCAGGUUUCCUUC